AUGAGCGAGGAUGACUCCUUCUAUGUGGAGAACAUAAGUGGGGACGAAAGGCAAUACACUGUGUUUGGAAGUGGCUUUACGGCAAAAGUCGACCUACUGGAAAGGUCGUGUUCUUGCAGGAAGUUUGACCUGAUCAAAAUACCAUGUGUUCACGUGAUGGCCGCUUUGCGAUCGAAGCAUGGUGAAGAUUAUGGUUUGAGAGUCUAUGAUUACUCUUCGCCCCUGUAUAAAGUGGAAGAGUACCUCCUUACGUAUUCGAAAUCAAUUAAUGUUGUCCCUUUGGAGUCUGAAUGGCGCGUGCCACAAGAAUUGCUAGACGUGAACAUUAUUCCAACCUCUCGUGGUCACCAAGCUCGGAAGGAAGAAAAAAAAACGCGAUAA